AAAUCAGGCAGUUGCCAAGGUAACCCGAGGCCCAGCUGCUCACGCGAAGAAACCCUGGAAGUACCUGAAGGGGCCGGAGGAGACCCAGGACUGGAGUUAGUGGUGUGCGUGUGAGCGAGCAUUAGCGAGGCUUGCCUGCUUUGCUUAGGCUUGUGGCGGGGCCCGGGGUGACGUGAGGUGGAAGCCCUUUUCUUUCUCUGUUACCCUGCGGCCAAGGAAGGGGUGUGUGUGUGUCCGUGUCCGACGGAGCCUCCUCCCAUCUGCUUACAGCCGGAGAAAUUGAGAAGCAGGCAGGAAAAGGGACCCCAACCGCGGAAAAUGUUUAAAUGAUAUUUCAAGAAGAUAAGCAGCAAUUAAUUGAAGCAGCAUACUGCAAGUGGAUUUGGAUUUGCUAUUGGAAAUUAAUAUGAUUGAUGGAUGUCAUGAGAAAUAAAUGGAAGUAGAAUAAUUGCUUAAAUGCAGUAAAACAGGUAACUGAACAAUGAAUAAAGAUAGAAACUACAGCACGUGUGGUUCAAAAACCAACUUCCUGCAAAGACCAAAUAUAUUUGACAUCAAUACUUACCACCAUAUUGAUAAUAUUGCCAUUAUCACCACCUAGAAGAAAAAACUGAAGGUAAAUAAAACAUAGGGAAUUCUGGGACACUCUGAGAUGGAGCUAAACUGGAAAUUAGACAGAAUUCCAAGACCUGGUUCAGCUACAGUUCGGGUCAUGGAUUUGGGUUGGCAAGGCUUCCUGAAUCCUAAUCCAUCAAUUAAAGAUGAUGAAGACUUACUUGUGGAUGAAUACCUUUCUCCCAAUAAGCUGAGAACACUGACAGGGCUGGAUAAUCUGAAGCAAGUGAAGGCCCUAGAAAUGCGUGUAGACACAAGAGAAAACAGUCUGGGAAACUUUGGUGCUUAUCUUCCCAAUCUAAAACAGUUGAAACUGAACAACAGUGUGCUUACAUCUGUGAGGGAUCUUGGAACAGCAUUGUCUAAUCUUCAAGUCCUGUGGAUGGCUCGCUGUGGGCUUCCAGAUUUAGAUGGGAUCUCUUCUUGCUGCUUUUUGAAGGAGCUCUACAUAGCCUACAACAACAUUGUUGAACUAAGCCAAGUGAGCCUAUUGGAGCACCUUGAAAUUCUAGACCUAGAAGGAAACAACAUUGAAGACCUCACUCAGAUUCAGUACCUGGGGCUCUGUCCUAAAUUAGCUAUUCUUACAGUGGAGGGAAACCCUAUUUGCCUGAAGCCAAGCCCACACUCUUCAGAGGUGUGUGUUUUCCAGGUCCCAGACUACAACUACAGAGCUGAAGUUAAAAAACUAAUCCCUCAUUUAAAGUGUUUGGACGAAAUACCAGCAGACAAGACUGCCAUUCCAUUCAAAAUGAACAAGGACUGGCUAAUUGUCAAAGAAGCCAUCAAAGAGGGGAGUUCAUUUGAAGAAGCCUCUGGUUUAGAUUCUCAUUCAGGGCCAGUAACGAGAAGACCAUGCUCUGCUGUGAGACCUGCCACAACUCCGUUCUUGCCAGCUUCCAGACCUCAGACUGCACAGAGACCUCCUACUGCCCAUUUGCUCUCAGCUAGCAGCACCCUCCCUUUAUCCACUGUUUGUGAUGAGAUAUUGCCUGAAGAUGACUCCAGUGACUUGACGCAUGGUGUCAGCAGAGUAAUAUGUGGGAACCCCAUCAAAGCUCUUCAUGCUCGGAGACAAAAACUAGGUUCUACAGUAAUGAACCUGUUCCAGCCACAAUGUCAUAUAGCAGAAAACACGUACGACUCUGAAGAAACAGCCUAUGUAAACGAGGAAGACAUCUUUGCCAAGCUGAAAAUCUGGAGAGAGCGUCAUUAUCAGCGCCUACAAGACCUCCAAAAGGAGAAGUCUGCCCAGGUGCUGAAAAUAACACACAGUGAUGACGAGGAGGAAGACUGCAGUCUGAGUGACAGUUGUGAUGAAGAACUGAAAGAAAUAACUGAGGAGGACAUCACGGAAAAGAUUUCAUCAGAUUCCUCCUUUCUUUCUCAGCCAUCAUCAGAUUCAAUGCAUGCCCUGGAAAACUCAUUUCCCUCCAUUAUAAAGCACUCUCUCAUACCCUCUCCUCCUACAUGCCCCUCACCAGCAUCCACACAGAGAGAAACAGCUGGGCUUGUCAGAGCCAGACGUCUGAAAGUAGCCAAUUUUAAAAAGGCAGCUCCUCAGAAGCCGCAUACUCCAAUUGUGAACAGAAAUGCAAUGCAGUAUGUUGUUGAGAAGACGGCUGUUCUGAAUCUCUGCAGAAAACCCGAUACCUUAUCUAAUGCACCAGUCUUAGGCCCAAGACACAGGGCUUGUGGCAGUGAUAGCAGGCAGACCAGGAGGCCCAUUUCAGGACCAGCAGCAGUUGGAUCAACAAACAUCAGAACCACUGUGGAUAGAAAUUUUCACAAGAUGAUCAACGUUCAUCAGCCCAUUGUCCGGUCAUGUACCAAAACGCCAGAGAGGUUUGCAGCCUUGAACAUGGUCCGCCCUCUGACUGCCACAGCUGCCCUGCAGAGCUUGCCGAGCAGGCCGAAUAUCUCAACUGUGGUUCAAAGCAAGACUCCCAGAUUUUAGGAGAUGCCCUCAGCAGCUGGGCGGAGGCUGUUGCCAAGUUACAAAAGCAUUCAGCGGCUGUCUGUGUUUCCCAUUUUCUGAUGAGCAACACAGGCUGACUUCCCUGACUCAUCCUGAUCAUUGCACACAACUGUGCCCCUAGGCAAACAAAACAGUUUCGAAGAAGAACUGGAUUUACCACAAACAAAACUAAAACUGUGACAAGAGAAUCUGCAGCUCUCCAAUCAGCCAUUUUAUCGGCCAUCGUAAGGAAAGAAGAGGCUGUUUGUGGCACUGUAGCCCCUUCCAGAGACUACAUGCCCUUUGUCUAGAGUAGCUACGUAACUGACCUCAUGAGCCAGGGCGGCCCCUUUGACUCAACCAGUGGGAGGAAGGUACAGACAGUCCUUCAGUUCCCUCAGGUAUCUAGCUGGAGCUACUGAUGUGUCAGCCUGCUGUCUAAGGGAUGCCCUCCCACUGCAAAAUGCAUAGGGGAGUGUGUGUUGCUACAACAGUCCUGGAUUGGAAUGGAAUGGAGUGUGCUCUCCAAGUACAGAAGUCUCACUUGCAAGACACAGCCUACUAAUGGCCAUUCCACUCUGCUAUGUAAAUAGUCUGGCUUAUUUGAAAAUAUUCUUUCAAAUAUUUCAUUUGCCCUCAGAAGAAACUCAUGGCAUUCAUCCUGAACUGCUGUCAUACCAGAGUGGGUGGGUUGUGUUUUCUCCAAGCCAGAUGAUCUUGUAAAUAUGUCAACUGUUCUGCAACUUAUUUUUCCAGUUUACUUUUAGAUGGAUAUAGAAGAAAAAUUUUACAUGAGCUUCCUCAGUUUGUAGAGAGCUUGGCCUAUUCUCAAUUACAUUUUAACUCUAAAUUAGAAUAUAACGUGCAAGUACUACCAAUUCUUGUAAAGUGUGGGCUGGUUAACACCUAACUAGGCUGUUGUCAAGCAGCUGCCCCUGUCCCCACGUAUGCGUCCCAUGGAUAAAGCUAACAUGUGAACCGGGCAAUCACUGAUACAGCUGACAGCCAGAAAAAAUGCUGCUGUCACCAUAAGCAUUGGUAUUGGCUAUAUCGGCGAGUGCCCAGUUCACACGUUACCUUUGUCCACACCAAUUCCAGGGAUAGAGGGGACUGCUUGCAAGAAGAACAAAGCUUUUUGUGAACUAGUAUUGUGAAUAUUUUGAAACCAAGUACUGUAAUUUUUAAAAUUAGUGCCAAGAUAUUUUCAGAAAGACUGUUUAUAAUGAAUUAUGCAGAGACCCACCUCUAGGCCAAACUGAAGGUGACAGCAACAUUUCGGAGUGCUUAAACAUGGAACUGCUUCAUCCCAUGGAAGUGUGGGGUGCUUCUGAUUGUAAGAUCAAAAAGGGUGCACAGCGAAGGGGUGCUGAGCCUCCCUGCUGCUGCCACCCACAACUGACCUCUUAGCAGCAGCCCGUCUCCCCAAGCGCUUUCCUCCUUGGCUGAGUGCUGAGCCCAGAGGAAGUGCUUGGGGAGACAGGAUAGUGGGGGGGCUGAGCAGCCGGCACACUCCUCACCCACAGGCCUCUUUUGCUGUUCCAAUCCAAAGCCCAACCCCUCCUUUCUGUGCAGUGGGGGCAAUUCUGUGUUUAUACACAUGUCUAGUUUACCCAAAUUAUUUGCUGAGUCCCCAUUUGUCUGCAAAAGGGAUGGGCCUGUUAAGGCCAGCAUAUUAACAAAUAAGAUUGAACAUCUCAGCUGAUAUGCAUGGUGAUGAUCAAACUACUCUUGGAAGCAUAUUCACAACAUGUUAAUAUGCGUCUCCUUUUCUCUGCCUCCUAAAUCCCUUCUUCCUCACCUUUAUGUGAUGCUGCCACCUUCCAGGAUAGGUAAGCAGGCACCAAGCAUCAUCUGAGUUGGAAUUGCAAGCCAUAAAAGUAAAGAUACCUGUCAAAGAAA